AUGCUCUUCCAGUCCGCUAAAAAGAGUGUAUUAGGAAGUUCUGGCACUCAGAAGAAAAAUGAAUUGUCCUUUCUAAACCGAAAGAAACUACGUCAUUUACUAGUUUUACAUGCUAUAAAAGCUGUUGACCGGGAGGAAAUCACUGAAAGUGCGACAGUUGUUCAACCAAGGAUGUUUGUUAUAGUGUUAAAGAUGCCGAAAAAGGAUGGUCAACACUUGAAAGCAGUACUCUUUAGGAAACAGCUUAUUUUUCUUUAUGGCAAAGAUAGUUCAGAAGUAGUGGUGAACUUGCGUGAUAGUAAUGACGGCUUCUACAAACUUAUUGUGCACUACAAAAAAGAUACUAUACUAGAAAUAAUUAUGCAAAAAUAUAAGGCACUUGGAGCAUCAGAAAUAAGUGAAAUUAAAAAUGAACGAUACGAUUUCCGCUUUUGUGCGUGUGAUAGCGAAACGAAAGAACCAGAGAACACUACUGGUUGUAGCUGUUCAACAGUUAUAACUGGCCUAGCCAACCUGUUGUACACAAAGAUCAAAAUUGGUGCGCGUAGUCUGACGGAUCCACCAUACCAGUUAAUUACGAAUUCUCGAUUUAAGAAUACAGCAUUUCUGUCAUGUUCCAGAAACAGCUACUGUGAAGACUGCAUACCCUGCAAAAGUGGAUACAUUCAACUCAACUACAUCAGUCUAUUCAGUUCUUCAGUCACUGCUUCAAAACAAAUGUAUGUGCAAGAUACUGCACAGCCUGAUAAAGCAAAACAGUGGCCAACUAUGCAAUUAAAAAAAUUAAGCACUACUGAAAUAAGUAUAGAUGAUUUUAAUAGCAUUGCCAAGAUAAAAGAAUACUUGUUGCGAAGUGCUAAAAAGCGUAACAUACCGCCAUCCGAGUUCAAUAUAGUUGCCUACAAAGAUGCUAUUCUCCUACGCCAUAACGUUUAUCGUAGCAGACACGGUGUUGCACCACUUAAUAGCGACAGUGAACUUGAACAAAACGCUGAAACAUGGGCACAACGACUCGCUAAUAAAACAGACUGCUUGAUACACGAUCCAUUUGGAGAAAACAUAUUCUAUUAUGCUACUGAUUUGUUGCCUGAUGAAGAAACAAUGGCACUGAUGACUGUACAAAGCUUCUAUCUUGAAUCGUAUGGAUACAAUUAUAAAACGCACCAUCAUUUAGACUACGAACGCAAAGGACACUUUACUCAACUUAUUUGGAAAUCAACACUGCGAAUGGGUGUUGGUGUAGCAAUGCGGUACUUCAGUGGACAUCGUGAAAACAGCUGUCAACCUGACUUUCCUUCUACAAUAAUUUACGCCGUUGUUAAAUACGACCCACCUGGAAAUAUCCUCAGUAUGACACAAUACGACGACAACGUAUUGCCACCUUAA